AUGGAGAGAGUAUUUGGUAACUAUGGAGAAAGCUAUGCAAUGAGCCCUGAGUGUUGCAACCAGAUACUAAAGAGGAAUCCAGGUAGCAUUGCUAGUGUUGCAACAGAUGAAAGUGGUAAGUUCAAGCACCUAUGUGUAGCUUAUAAGUGUUCAUUGGAUGGUUUUAAGAAUGGUUGUAGGCCUAUUCUAGGUUUAGAUGGGUGUUUCCUUAAAGGUAAAUAUGGUGGUAUGUGUUUGUCUAUCAUGUCAUUAGAUGCAAACAAUGGAUUGUUUCCCAUUGCUAUUUUCUUGUGUAGAAAAGAAAACAAGGAUAAUUGGACUGAGUUUCUUAGGAUUAUGGCCCCAUAUUUGAAACUACAUCCUAGAACACUUACAUUAAUCAGUGAUAGGGAGAAAGGUCUUAUAUCAGCUGUUGAAACAAACUUUAGUGAUGUAAACCAUCACCAUAAGUACUGUUUUCGACAUAUGUAUAAGAACUUCAAGAGAUAUCACUCAGGCAAGCAUCUAGAGGCACUUGCAUGGAAUGCAGCUAGGUCUUAUGUGAAGGAAGACCAUGAUAUUGAAAUCAGUAAGAUGAGAGAUUUAAGACCUGAGGCGGUGGAUUAUCUACAUAAAGAAGAUUCAGCACAGUGGGGAAGAGCUUUUUUUGAUACUUCAUCAAGUUGUGAGCAUAUAACUUCAAACUUCUGUGAAGCCUUUAAUGCUUGGAUUUUGGAUAUAAGAGGAUUGCCAUUAUGCAAGUUUCUUGAGAAAUAUCAUCUUAUGGUGACAAGGUUUUGGGAUGUCACUGGGAUACCUUGUGAACAUGCAAUCAAUGCCUUUUUCUUUAACAAGAAUGCAGACUGGAAAGAGUUGCUUGAUGAAUACCACUUUGUGGCCAAGUACAGAGAAACUUAUGAAGGAAUGGUUGGUCCAAUGGAUAAUGAAUCAAAGUGGAAGAAAAAAGAAGACAUAGAACACAGGGUUUCACCACCUCCAUUUGAACCUCAAAAGGGAAGACCUAGGACAUAA